UACACUAAAUCAUCAUGCUAUAGUUUCAGAUUAAAAAAUAAAAGGCACUUGUAUGUGUGUAUAAUCAUUAUCCAUAAAAAUCCCUCCUUCAAACUCUCCCGAACAAUAAAUCAAGUGAUCUCAAGGACAGGAUAAGGGCAGUUUUCCGUAGGAUGUGACCUACAGUACGACCCCUCCCAUUGUGUUUGAGAUUAUCUUCUAAACAAGGCUUGCACUGAGGUUCAGAGUCCGGUGUGUGUGGCGUGAGAUGAAGAUGACAACACCCAACCAGUAUCCAAUCCAUGGAGUGAGACAGGGGCCAUAAACUGUACAGAUAAGCCCUGAAUGCUCUAUUUGAAUAUACACCAUCACACUUUGAGUUUCAGUUUCAAAGAACACACCUGCUCGGGGCUCUUGGCUAUACAUGGAUUUCUUCAACAGGAUCUGGUUUGGAAAACAAGGCCUAGCAGCACUGAGGGAUGCACUGAGUAGAAUCAACUGACUUUGAAAACAACAUUAUUUUGAGGUCAAACACACUCAUCCUAUCCAGCCAUGGUUGGUGUCGACUUGCGGGCACUCACCCAGCCUGUGGGUAUUAUGCGAAUAAUGGCGACCAUCCUCACCUGUAUGUGUUUUAGCCUGGUGGCAACAGUGGGACACGUAACAUCUCCCUACUGGGCGUGGUGCAUGUUUACCUGGUGCUUCUGCUGCUUCUUCACCCUUCUCAUUCUCAUCCUGGAGUUCACAACCGUCAAUGCCAAAUUACCUUUCCCCUGGGAUGAUUUCACCACUGCCUUUGCAAUGCUGGCGAGCCUCAUGUGCCUUGCCGUCUCCAUCAUCUACCCCACCUUUUUCACCUGUAAGACCUGCCAUCGCCAAAUCGGUGCCUCUGUGGUGUCCUGGUUCUGUUUCGGGGUGUACGCAGGUGAGGUGGCUUUAACUCGCCUUCGUCCGAGUGGGCAGAUGAGCGGCUUCCUCUCCACAUUGCCCGGCAUUAUGAAGAUGCUGGAGACGUUCCUCGCCUGUCUCAUCUUCACAUCCCUGGAAGAAAGCCAAUUUAAAUCUACGACUCCAGGACUGCAAUGGUGCGUGGCCGUGUACUCGUUGUGCUUCAUCUUCGCCAUCGUCAUAAUCCUGCUCACUAUUACACAACUGACCUCUUUUUUUCCAUUUUCUUUUGACAAGCUUGUGAUUGUCUACAACAUUUUGGCAGCAGUGAUGUAUUUGACAGCUAUGGUGAUCUGGCCACUGUAUAGUUUCCACAACAAUAAGAGACCCAGUGGCUGUGGCCACCUCUGUCCCUGGGAUAAACUGGUGGUGGUCACCUUCAUGACAAUCUUCAACGUUAUUGUUUACACCCUGGACACUGCCUACUCUAUACGCCUUGUGUUCUGUGUCAGUAACCAGUGAAGCUGCUGCUCAUUAACUUAUUAACUACCAUGAACUGAGAACACAUUGUGCAGGGUUUGAAAUAAGUUGUGUUAGACACAAUGCAAAUGCUGAAUGCAAUGUAUCUUAUUCUAAUGCUGUUCAUUAAGUGUUGACAGAGAUGAGUGAUUACAAUAAUGAAAUGUUGGGGAAAAAAGGAGUACAGUUAGUUAAUGAUUAAAACUAUAGUAACACUGUCAUAAAAAUAAAUAAAAAAGUAAAUAGCCUGGUAGAACUUUGGAUCCUGAUACACAAAGAGUGAUCAAACAGUGCAGUUAAUAAUACUGAGCUUACUUUACUAUAUUACAUAUACAUCAUAUGGUCAAAUUAUGCCGCAUGUGAAUCUUUGUUUUCACUUUCAUGCUUGUCAUCUUGUCAUUUGUAGGUGCAGCAAGUUGCUGAUCAAAGGAAAAGGUUGACAUUUUGGGUAAUAUACUUAUUUUAUUUCUUGCAGAGUGAACCGUGGACAGAUAGAGGAUUGAUACCACUCUCAGACAGAGGAGUGGUAUUGGUCUUCUCCUCUCAACCUCAGCAAGAAAGCAAAUAAGAAAAAUGUCAAACUAUUCCUUUAAUCCUUGUGGCAUGAACAAAUCUGCGUAAGAGUAAUUGCCUAUAGAUAACAACAGAUCAAUGUAAACUGAAUGCAGGACACUGACAAUCAGUCAAUGACAGAUGAGAUGGAAAGAGAAGGAACAAGAGAGAGAAACACAAGGAUGGUAGAAUUGAUGAGAGACAGUGAGACAUUUCUAGACUUUGGAAGGAUGUGUGGGAAAAGUGAAAAAGAAAAUCCUUUAAUCAACUGGCAGCUGCAGCUGCUAAAGGCAGCUGCAGUGUAUGGAGUUGGACUUGUUGCAAGGUGUUAUUUUUCUUUUUUUUCUUAUGUAGCUUCUUUUCUUCUUUAGGGAUGUGGCAGGAAGGG